GUUCCGGCGCUGUGCCAAUUCCCUCCGGGGCCUCAGUGACCAUUCCGCUCUUUUGACCCAUUGCAACUGUGCGUUAUCUUCGACUCACCCUCGUUUGUACCCCGAAGAUGAAAGUCGCUCAUUCUGUCCGGGCACUGACCUGGUUGAUCGGUUAUGGCAUUGCUGCUGUUCAGGCCCGCGACAUUGACGUCUGCACCCAAGUCGCCCGCGAUGCAGUCGCCAAUGGCGAUUUUACCGACGAUUCGGCUUGGACCUCCACCUCCAGUGCAGAUGAAUACUCUAUUGUAACCAGCGGUGGUGGUGUCAAUGGUGGGGGCUAUCUAGAGGUUCCAUAUAGCACCGCGCAGAAUGGCUUCGUGUUCGAGCAGACUGUCUCCCUCCGCGAGGGCCCCUACUACCAAUUCAACAUGUACACCAAUCUGUUCGGAGAGGAAGAUGCAAGCGGACACUUCCCUUACUGUACCUUUGAUGUCUAUGCCGUGACCGAUGAGACCAGCAGAUUUGUGACCUACGGGAACAUCUGGAGCCCCGAUGGAAGUGCCACCGGAUGGGAAUUGUUAAUGGGACAAUGGAAGUCCACGGCCACCGAAGCGACUCUCCGAUUGAGCGUCACCUGUUCCCAGGCGUCCACAGCCACGCUGCAGAUCUCGGAUAUCUCGUUUCUGGGACCCGAAGUGGUCUGUACCUCGCAGUGCGCGGCCUCCACCAUGACCCUGACCGAUGAACUAAUACAAGACGGCGAUUUCUCCGAUGACGAUAGCACGGAAUGGCGCAAUAUGAUACGAUCGACGGACCUGGAGUUGGUGGCCGAUGAUGUUCCAGGAGGCGGCCAAUGCGUGUUCAUCCCCGGGGCAACGUAUGAUUUCUAUCAAAUCAACCAGACGAUUGCCGAUGCGCAGAUUGGACAAACGUAUGUGGGAUCGGUGUCUUGGAGACUCAAGGCAGAGAGCUAUGACUCCGAUGUCGCGGUUUCGUGUAGCCUCGACUACCGACUGUCUCACGAUGCCACGGGGCUUUUACUGGAUGUCAUCCACGAUGAGGUCACUCUGUCAUCUGCAGACAGUGGGUGGAUGACAGUGAAUGGAAACUGGGAGGCCACAGUUGCCGAGUUCGAGCUUCUCAUCACCGUGGAAUGCGAUACGGAUGAUUAUGCCUAUCUGCCUGAUAUCGAGAUUGCGAACGUUCACAUGAAUGUUCAGUCCGUGAGCUGCGCCCUUCCGACUUCCUCGGUGGUAGUAGUAGCCAGCUCAACUCCUCCGGCAGUUUCAUUGUCUGUCAUCGCCUCCUCUGCAUCGGUGGCCUCCUCGGCCAUUGCCAGCCCCAGUGCCAGCACCAGCCCUAGCCGUGCUGCUGCAUCCUCUCCGGCAUCGGUUACACCCAGUGUGAUGGUGUCUUCCAUGCCAAUUCCCUCGUCAGCAAUUGUCAGUCCCAGUCGUCUUCUAUCUUCUCCAGUCUCGGACGUUGGAGUGUCCUCAACACCUGCUGCACCGUCGUCUGUGGUGAGUCGCAGUCGCAUCGCUGUUUCGUCGUCUGUGGUGAGUCGCAGUCGCAUCGCUGUAUCCUCUCCUUCUGCCAUCCCCCCCACCUUCACUCCUGUGACGACCUCUGUCAACGUUCCGGUUUCAGUGUCCAGAUCCUCUGCAGUAGCCGCGAUAUCGCCGUCUUCUUUCCUUUCUUCAUCUGUGCCAUCUCCCAUCCAGAGCCAUGCACAACCGGAAACAAUCCACGAGGUGAUGCCAGCCUCUAGUACGACGCCCCUUGGUGGGUCCUCCCUGGACGUGAUAUCCACCAGGACUAUCCCAGGCCCUGAUUCCACGACUAUCCUAACCUCUGAUUCCACGACAUCACUCUCUACGGGGCUCGCCUCUACCACUUCCACGGUCUUUACAACCAGCACUGCUACCAUCACUGCGUGCCCUUCUACUGUACCCAACUGUCCUGCCUCCCAGAUGACCACGUAUCUCACGACUGAGACGAUCCUUGUCUCGACCACGAUCUGCCCCGUCACAGCAACGGCCACGGCGGCUGCUGACGGCUCCUACACAUCCACGAUCCUGACCACCAGAACCAUGACCAUCACCUCUUGCGCUGCUACUGUUACCAACUGUCCGGCUCGCUCUCAGAGCACGUUUCUAAGUACUCAGACUUUGGUAGCGGGGACCACGGUUAUUACGACCACUACAGCUUCAAUCCCGGCUUCGACUGGUUCACCUGAUACUAGCGAGACCAUCUCCGCAUCUCACUAUUCUCAGACGGUGGCUGUCGGGGCUGGUGUUGGCACUGUUGCAAAUGGCCAAGGAAGUACCAAGACGACCGGUGCUGAUGUCCAGCAAACUGGUAGUGCCACAUCCUCGCCCAAUCAGGGUACUUCCAGCGAGAGCUCGUCUGGUUCGACUGAGAGUGGGGCUCAUGCUACCAACCCGAAUAAUUCUGGCUAUACUUCUACCUCUAGCGCGGAGGACACAUCAGGAGUGGAACCCGCUGGUGGUCUAGCUUCUGAGUCCACAUCUUCAUCCGGGUCGAGCUCCGAUUCUGGCUCUAUCCCAGCCCUAGCUUCGGGUUCAGACUCCGCAGGCUCCACAGGCGCCUCCUCAGGCUCGUCUUCAGGCUCCUCCUCAAGCUCGUCUUUGGGCUCCUCCUCAAGCUCAUCUUCGGGCUCCUCCUCAAGCUCAUCUUCAGGAUCCUCCUCAAGCUCGUCUUCAGGCUCCUCCUUAAGCUCAUCUUCAGGUUCUUCCGGUGCUGCAUCGGGUGUUUCUUCCAGCUCUUCAACUACAAUCUCUUCCGAUUCUACUGUCGGCGUGUCUUCCGAGUCUGCGCCAGAGUCUUCAUCGACAGUUGGGUCUUCUGCCAACUCGGAAGGGAGCGACAACUCCGAUUCCACUUCUGGUUCUACCCCCCAGCUCAGCUCUACCGCUGGUCAGAAUGCAGACUCUACCCCGAACGCAGUCUCCAGCAAUACCGCACCAAGCACAUCUGACUCGAUCUCCGGCUCUGACUCCGCCCAGACAGCCUCAUCCUCUUCGGCAUCUGACUCGUCAUCAGACGGCUCUUCUAUCUCCACCUUCAAUUCCAACUUAAAUGACGACUCCGACGUCCCAGCUGUCCCCAGUCCAGACGCACCUGAAAACAGCCAAAGCAACGGAGCGCCCAACGCAUCCCCCUCUGCAUUUGCAUCCAGCGCAACCUCUCUCAAACCAUCUCUCAGUACUCCUGUGACAUCCUUUGCGACGGUCAAAGCGACGGCGCAUGGUUCGGCCGCGCAGGGACCUUCCAGCACAGCUAGCGCGAGUGGUGCCGUGUUCACUGGCGCGGCUAGUACGUAUCGGGAGCAUGUUUCUUCCGUCUGCGGGAUUGUGAUGGCUGUUGGUCUUCUGGUUCUGUGA